GGAAAAUAAUUUUGAAUUCAAAUGAAGAAGCUAAUAGAAGAAUUCGUUUUCCUCUUUUGCCUGGCAUCGAUUGUUCGGGCAAAAUCUACUUUAAACGGAACGAGUUCCGAACAGAGGAGCACUGGACAGCUCCUGCCAAUGGUUAUCAACACCUGGCCCUUUUCGGUCGCCAACGAGGAGGCGUGGCGCAUCCUGAACCUUAAAAAAGGAGGAAUAGGUCAGACGAGGGACGCCGUGGUGGGCGGAAUUUCGGAGUGCGAGAGGCUGCAGUGUCAUAAGGAAGUGGGCUACGGUGCCAAUCCCGACGAGCGCGGAGAUGUCUCGCUGGACGCCUUGGUCAUGGAUGGCAGCACCAUGGAGAUCGGGGCAGUGGGCGAUCUUCGGCGGAUUAGGAGCGCCAUCAAGGUGGCCCGUCACGUCCUGGAGCACACACAUCACACUCUUUUGGUGGGCGAUGGAGCCGCGGAUUUCGCCAAUGCCAUGGGAUUCCCGAACGAGACUCUGAACACUGCAGAAACCACAGCCAUGACCCAAAAUUGGACGGAGCAUAACUGCCAGCCGAACUUCUGGCGAAAUGUCUAUCCAGAUCCCAAGUCCUCAUGCGGUCCUUACAAGCCAUUGAAUUCGUGGGACGAGCACGCUUCUCGAACUGACCAGGUUGAGAUCGGGCCCGACAACCACGACACCAUCACCAUGGCCGCCAUCGAUGAGGAGGGAAACAUCCACGUGGGCACUUCUACCAACGGACUUAGACACACGCUACCCGGACGUGUGGGAGAUGCGUCGAUCCCUGGUUCGGGGGCCUACGCAGAUAACGAGGUGGGCGCUGCUGUGACCACCGGAGUUGGCGACACCAUGAUGCGAUUUCUUCCCUCUCUCCUCGCCGUGGAGGCCAUGCGGGCGGGCAAGACGCCGGCGGAGGCUGUGGAGUCUGUAAUCAAGCGGAUCCGGAAGUACUCCAAUGGAUUUUGUGGCGGCGUUAUUGCCAUAGAUCGCUUUGGAAACUAUUCAGUGGCCUGUAACUGCAGACCGUCUUUCAAGAAGGAAUUUCAAUACAUGGUCAGUAGCUCGGUUAACCCGAAUCAGCCAACUCGUAUGGAAUCGGUGACCUGCUCGUGGGAUCUUUCCAUACCUACUUCCAAACAGACAGUUCUUUGGUAGGCGUUUAAAUUAAAAUAUAAUGUUAUAACAACAAAAAUAGUUAAAGUUAGAAAGAAAUAUAAAUUACAACAACUAACUGCUAAUUUGAUCGCAGCUGUAAACACAAUAAAAAUUUACAUUUUUCCUGUGGAAUUGGCUGCAGGUUGUACAUGAACUUUUCUGCAAAAA